GAAACCAACACCAGCACCAACACCAACACCGACUGGACAACCCACCCCCCCUACAACACACCGCCCCCCUCCGAACUCCGCCCCGCCAAAUGGCGCGGAAGAUGCCAGUGCGGGCAGGUCACAUACCAGUUAAGCCGGGAGCGGCCCCUGAAGGCCAAGUUCUGUCAUUGUAGGGGAUGUCAGGUGAUGCAUGGCGCCCCCUUCCAAUGGGCCGCCAUAUUCCACAAAACCGACCUGACAUUCACCCGCGGCGCAUCAGGCCUGAGCUUCUACUCGUCGUCGCACAACACAACGGAACACAAGCUGCCCACGAAGGUGCAUUGCCGUGUUUGUCAGACGCCGAUUAUGGACGAGGGCCGCAAUGUGUGUUUGCUUUUCCCGAUGGCGCUGCAGAGCGUGCUUGUGCGACGCGAUGAGGGGAGGGAUGGGUGGAGGGGGCGUUUGAGGUUGAGUGAUUGCCAUAUCUUCUACGGGCAGCGGGUCGUGGAUAUCCCAGACGGAAAGCCGAAGUGGUCGGGGCUAGAUGGGAAGAGUGAUCGGUUGGAUGAUGAGGGG